AUGGGCAGAAAGAGUCGCCCUGGGGUCAUGAAGAGUGGCUCCUGGUUCUAUGAAGUUGGAAAGGCGCCCCCUCACUUGGGUUUUAUUCCUGUCUUCCACACACACAGGCAGGAGGAUGCCCAUGAGUUUCUGAUGUUCACUCUGGACGCUAUGAAGCAAGCGUGUUUGCGUGAGGACAAGCCUUCAGAGCCUCAGGCUCAGGACGCCACCCUCAUCCGGCAAAUCUUUGGGGGGUACUGGAGGUCUCACAUCCAGUGUCUCCCCUGCCGGGGUGUCUCCAGCACUUUGGACCCUUACCUGGACAUUAGCCUGGAUAUCAGGGCAGCUCAGAGUGUGAGCCAAGCUUUGCAACACUUGGUGAAGCCCGAACAGUUGGAUGGUGAAAAUGCCUAUCAUUGUAGUACUUGUCUCGACAAGGUACCUGCUUCCAAGACGUUGACUUUGCACACUUGCUCCAAGGUCCUGAUGCUCGUAUUGAAACGAUUCUGCCAUUUCACGGGCAGCAAACUGGCGAAGGAAGUGCAAUAUCCUGAGGGCCUUGACAUGCGACGCUACGUGUCUGGGCGGAACGGGGGGUCGCUGACUUAUGUGCUCUAUGCCGUGCUGGUGCACGCGGGCUGGAAUUGUCACAGCGGACAUUACUUCUGUUACAUCAAAGCUGGGAACGGCCAGUGGUACAAAAUGGAUGAUGCGAAGGUGACCGCCAGUGAUGCGACGUCUGCCCUGAGCCAACACGCCUAUGUCCUCUUUUACAUCCAGAAGAGUGAAUUGGAAAGAGACCGUGGGAGUGAGCCAGGUGCUGGGGAAUCCACAUGCCUCCAGGCUGACCACGCAGGCACGGCUGCGGCCCAAGGGGGGCCUGAAACCGACCCCAGCAUCGAGGUGCCACCAUCGGAGGAUCACGUGGAAGAGACGCCACUGCCAGCAAUCACGUUAGACCAGUGGAGAUUCCUCCAAGAAAGCCACCGUCCCAAGUCUGAAUUCAACCUCAGGAAACUAGAAUUUGCUCUUCCCCCCGACGCAGUCCUAAUUCACCAGUCCAAAUACACAGAUGAGAUGGGAAAGGAUCACCGUGAACCAAACAUCUACCGGCUCAACAGUUCAGCCAGGGACAUCCCACCUCAGAGGGCAACGGCCAUUAACCGAGUCCCUUGUCUCACCGGCAGAGCCAGAGCUACCAAGAGGAAGAACAAGAAGGGACAGAGGUCUCAGGAAGCAGUGCAGGGAUCCCACUACAGGCUUUGAGAUACACGCCUGCCCACGUGCACACUCACCCGCCCUCACUCACUACUCACUCACUCCCAGUCCCUUGUAGGCCACAUUUUGUGUGUUGUAGGUGGGUGUGAUCCGGACAUGUGGAGGGACCAUGAAUCUGGCUGUAUUCAUGGGGUAUGGCGUUCCAGCUGACC